AUGGCAGAGCUACGCGCGUGGAGAGAAAAAUUUGAACGUCAGCGCGACAUUGAUGAUUUAUAUCGACCGCCUCCAACGCCACAAGAAUCGUUGAUGCCGGAAGUUGCGUACCGAGGAAACGCGGCGAACGAAACUACGAAACCGGGCAUCAGAAACGCGAGCUUCGCGGUAAGAGAGUCUGUCGCGUCGGUUCAGUCUGCGAGUGGGAAGGGCCAGCGCGGCAAGACGGUGAAGCUAACGUCGAAGUUUGAAAGUGACAACCGAAACCCGAGCAAGGAAAGUCCGUUGCAACAAGACUCAGCGAGUUCGCCGGAGAUGUUGCCGGCGGAUGUAGUGGCUGCGUUGUCGCAGCUACUGUGGACUCACAGCGGGACGUCUUCGAGAGGCACGAUUCCGGCAGCGAGUAACGCAGCUGGCCGCGCAGCGUUCCGGGGUGUAUGCUAUAAAUGCGGGGGGCGCGGGCACCGUAAAACUGAGUGCCCGCAAGAUGCACGGAUUCCGCAGGAAAGUGCGGGUAUGCCAACAGCCGCUGACGCAAACAAUAGCGCGGGUGCUAACCAAGCUGCGAGACGCGGCGAAGGUAAGGGCCCAGUGCGCUGCUAUAAAUGCCAGCAGCUUGGCCACUAUGUGAAUAAGUGUACGCUGGGAGCGCAAGCCUCGCGAAAAUGCCAGGGUUGCGGUGCGGAUAGUGGAACCCUUGAAAUAUGUCCAGAAUGCCGGGGAUGGAUCAGGGCGAUGGGAAACUCCAAUGCAAGUUCCGAGCGCCCGACGGGCCCCGCGUAA